AUGGAGCUGGCGAUGGAGAACCUGGGCAGCCUGCACGGCGUCCCGCACUCGCAGCCCGCCGAGCUGCUGAGCCCGGCGCACGGGCGGCAAGGCUCGCACCGCAACCUGGUCCCGCACGGCCGGCCCGCGAUGGUCUCGGGCAUGGCCUCCAUCCUGGAGGGGGGAGACUACCGCGCCGAGCACAGCCUGGCCGCCCCGCUGCACCCCGCCAUGAGCAUGUCCUGCGAGUCACCCUCCGGCAUGAGCCUGAGCAGCACCUACACCACGCUGACCCCCCUGCAGCACCUGCCGCCCAUCUCCACCGUCUCGGAGAAGUUCCACCACCCGCACCACCACCACCAUCACCACCACCCGCACCAGCGUCUGGCCGGCAACGUGAGCGGCAGCUUCACCCUCAUGCGCGACGAGCGGAGCUUGGCCUCCAUGGGCAACAUCUACAGCCACUAUCCCAAGGACAUGCCGGCCAUGGGACAGCCCCUCUCGCCCCUGCCCAACGGGCUGGGCAGCCUGCACAACGCCCAGCAGCCCCUGGCCCCCUACGGUCCGGGGGGCCACCUGCCCAACGAGAAGAUGCUCUCGCCCAACGGCUUCGACUCUCACGCCGCGAUGUUGUCCCGGGGCGAGGAGCACCUGGCGCGGGGGCUGGCGGCCCCCAGCUCGGCCAUGAUGCCACCGCUCAACGGGAUGCACCCGCACGGGCACCCGCACGCCCAGCCCGGUGGAUCCCUCCUGGGCGAACGGGAGCGUCAGGCCUCGGCCACCGGUUCCCAGCCCGGCGGCUCCGGGCAGGUGGAGGAGAUCAACACCAAGGAGGUGGCUCAGCGGAUCACGGCCGAGCUGAAGCGUUACAGCAUCCCGCAAGCGAUCUUCGCUCAGAGGAUCUUGUGCCGCUCCCAGGGGACACUCUCGGACCUGCUGCGGAACCCCAAGCCCUGGAGUAAGCUCAAAUCGGGCCGGGAGACUUUCCGGAGGAUGUGGAAAUGGUUGCAGGAGCCGGAAUUUCAGAGGAUGUCGGCGCUCAGGCUGGCAGCUUGCAAACGCAAGGAGCAAGAGCAGCAGAAAGACAGGAGCCUGCAGCCCAAGAAGCAGAGGCUGGUCUUCACGGACCUGCAGCGCCGCACCCUGAUCGCCAUCUUCAAGGAGAACAAGCGCCCGUCCAAGGAGAUGCAGAUGACCAUCUCACAGCAGCUGGGCUUGGAGCUCAACACCGUCAGCAACUUCUUCAUGAACGCCCGCCGGCGGUGUAUGAACCGCUGGCAGGAGGAACCAGGCACCAACCCUGGAGUCCCUUCUUCUUCUACAAGCACUUUCUCCAAAGCAUGAUGUCCCCCAGCCCUCCCUGCCCCUUCCCAGACAUCCUCCUCACGACAAAGCCAACCCCAAGACUCACACUCAUGCCCCAAGCCAACCGGGGUGGGUGUUUUUGGAUGCUGUGGGUCCAUCAGCCUCCCAAACCCUCAGCUGGGUGUCACCCUAGGACAUGGGCCUUGUGCCAUGUCUUGCUGCCACGUCCUCCCAGCUCCUGGAGCAGGGAUGGGGUUUGCAGCCAGGUCAGCUGUGUCCCCGGGAGGGCUUGGAGGAAACCCCUGUGGAGCAAGGGGUGAGGUGGGAUGGAGGGAGAGGACGAGAUGCUGUUUGGAAGCAUCUCUGGUCUUUGGGGAUCAUAGAACCUUGUCUUCACCUGCCCACCAGGUUCUCUGGGGAGAGGGGCACCCCCUGAGCCCCCCAGUCUCGAUCUCUGCCUUAUGGCUCCCACGGUGGAGGGGUGAAGCUGAGGGAGAUACAAGAAGUGGAGUCAUGGGGCUGGACUCUGGCACAAUCCCACCAAAUCCCUCCCUCCCCGUGUGCUGGAUGGUGACCCCAGGCUCCUGCCAGAUCUCUGGCAGCUGAAGCUUUUUCCCCCUCCCUGAGUUGCCUCCCUGAGGGGCUCCCCAGGACAACCAGCCCCUCUCUGCCAUUGCCACGCGGGGCCUUUCUCUCCCUCCAAGGUUUGAAAACCUGGUCGAGGACAUCCCUGAAGCCCCAGUCUCCUCCAUGGGCAUCUUCCUCUGACCUCCCCCUCCCCAGGCACCCCCAAGAGCACCCACACUCCCCAGCCCUCCACAUACCCCAUCCCACCAGAGGACCCAUCAUCCCUGGAUCCUUCCCAAAAGAAACUCCACAAAGGCAAAGGAGACGUCGCCCCAGCACCCCCGGCCCCGGGGCAGGAGCGUCGCCCGGCGCCCAAGCAGGUCAAAGAAGCACAUUUUAAGCUACAGAAAUCGGGUAUUUAAAAAAAAAGAAUCAUUGUUUGAAAGGAGAUGGGAGGAGAGACUUGGAGAGAAGGAUCUGAUCUUUCCUGGUGACUGGCUCCACCAUUCACCGCUGGAUUUCUGGUUCGCUUUUCGGUUGAGGAACAGACUUGGACAAAGCAGAUUUGUUGGCUUUGUUGUCUCGCCCCAUCCACCCCUCGACCCACACACUCUUGCCCCCUCCCAUCCCACCUCUCCCUUCUUCAUCUCUGUUACCAAAGAAAUGACAAAAACCAAAAAAAAGAAAAAACAACCCAACGACAAGAGGAAAAACAUCAUUCCCUCCUGGCAACCGACGCCGGUGUUGGGUGGGAAAAGGAAAAUCCGAGGGAUCUGGUGGAGAAAUCCAGCCCUGGGUGUGAGAAGGAGGAAAACUUCCCGAUGAGAUCGACAGGGAAAAGAACCCAAACAAACCCAAACAAAAACCCAAACAAACCCAAAAACCAACCCAAACAAAAGGAAUACCAAGAGAAACCACAACCCAACAAGCUCAGCGCAAGGACCGGCAACUUACCAAAAAGAGGCCAGAUGUUGUGUUUUAUUUUGAUUUUUGCUUCUUUCUUUUUUUUUUUUUUUUUUGUGCCAAUUAAACAACCUGCCUUAAAACGUGAA